AUGACCCAAGCUCAGCAGCUUCGGGCUGAGAGCGACUUUGAGCAGCUUCCUGAUGACAUCCCCAUCUCAGCCAACAUCGCUGACAUCGAAGAAAAGAAAGGUUUCACCAGCCACUUUGUUUUUGUGAUUGAGGUGAAGACGAAAGGAGGAGCCAAGUACCUCAUCUACCGCCGCUACCGCCAGUUCUAUGCCUUGCAGGCAAAGAUGGAGGAGCGGUUCGGGCCAGAUAACAAGACCAUCCCCUUCACCUGCAACCUCCCCAUCCUCCCAGCCAAAGUCUAUGUGGGUGUGAAGCAGGAGAUUGCCGAGAUGCGAAUACCUGCCCUUAAUGCCUACAUGAAGAGCCUGCUCAGCCUGCCUGUCUGGGUGCUAAUGGACGAGGAUGUCCGGAUCUUCUUCUACCAGUCGCCCUAUGACUCGGAGCAGGUACCCCAGGCUCUCCGCCGGCUCCGCCCACGCACCCGCAAAGUAAAGAGUAUUUCUCCACAAGGACCCAAAUUUGACCGCAUAGAAGCACCUCGAGCAGAGGCCCUGUUUGACUUCACUGGGAACACCAAGCUGGAACUGAGCUUCAAAGCUGAAGAUGUCAUCUUCCUCCUCAGCCGGAUCAACAAGGACUGGCUGGAGGGCACUGUCCGGGGAGCCACAGGCAUCUUCCCUCUGUCCUUUGUGAAGAUCAUCAAGGACUUCCCUGAGGAAGACGACUCCACCAACUGGCUGCGUUGCUACUACUAUGAAGACACCAUUAGUACCAUCAAGGACAUUGCCGUAGAAGAAGAUCUCAGCAACACUCCGCUGUUCAAAGACCUGCUGGAGCUCAUGAGGCGGGAGUUCCAGAGGGAGGACAUUGCCCUGAAUUACCGGGAUGCAGAGGGGGAUUUGAUUCGACUGCUCUCAGAUGACGAUGUAAAUCUCAUGGUGAGGCAGGCCCAAGGCCUCCCCUCCCAGAAGCACCUCUUUCCCUGGAAGCUGCACGUGACCCAAAAAGAUGACUACAGAGUCUACAAUACUGUCCCCUGA